AUAUGUAUCCCAAGCAAAACAGGAGGCCAGAAGUGGGAAUUUAGAAGAAUCUAUCCAAUUGUUCCAACAGGCUCUUGAAAUCCAUUUCAGUGAAAAGCUGACAGCGAAUAUUAAAAAGUUAGAGGAAGCCCUGGCUGCUCUGGCUGUGGACCAGAAUGACGAUAGCUUUGUGGAUGUGUGUCAGAGUGGACUGAUGCUGUAUGGAGAAAUGCACGACAAGCUUUUUCAUCAUCAGAGAGAAGGGGUUGCUUUCUUGUACAAGUUAUAUCAAGACAGAAGGAAGGGUGGCAUCUUGGCAGAUGACAUGGGACUUGGGAAGACUAUUCAGAUCAUUGCGUUCCUCUCAGGUAUGUUUGAUGCAGAACUCAUCCGUUCCGUGUUGCUCAUUGUCCCAACCAGCCUUCUGAAUAACUGGAUGAAAGAGUUUGCGAAGUGGACUCCAGGCCUGCGAGUGAAAGUCUUUCACGGGACCAGCAAAGCUGAACGUGAAAAACAUCUGGAGCAAAUCCAGAGGAGAAAGGGCACCUUGCUCACAACCUACAAGAUACUCCUCAACAGCUGGAAGCAGCUUUCUAGCUUUAGUGGGAAAGAGUUUGUUUGGGACUAUGUCAUUCUUGAUGAAGCGCAUAAAAUUAAAACCUCAUCUGCCAAAACGACAAAAUCUGUUUAUGCCAUUCCUUCCAGAAACCGCAUCCUUCUCACGGGGACGCCAGUCCAAAACAAUCUCAAGGAACUGUGGGCUCUCUUUGACUUUGCUUGUCAAGCUUACAGGAUCGGCCAAAAAGAGAAUGUCAUAAUCUACCGGUUGAUUACCUGUGGGACAGUGGAAGAGAAGAUCUAUAGAAGACAAGUCUUCAAAGAUUCCUUAAUACGUCAAAGCACAGGAGACAAGAAAAAUCCCUAUCGUUAUUUCACUAUGCAAGAGAUAAGAGAGUUGUUCAUCUUAGAAGACACACGAAGCUCAGCAACACAGCUGCAAUUGCAGUCCUUACACGCCACCCAAAGAAAAACAGAUGCUCAGUUGGAUGAGCAUAUUGCAUAUAUCCAUUCGCUGGAGAUAUUUGGCAUUUCUGAUCAUGAUUUGAUGUACACACAUGAAAUAGCACAUGAUGAAGCUGAAAAUGAAGAAGCCCACAACUACAUUGAAUGCAGAGUCCAAAAAGCCCAAGAGUUGGUACAACUAGAAUCACAGUUGAAUGAUCAACUGAUGAGAAAUACCAGAAACAUGACUGAAGGAGCAUGGCUGAGAGAUACGGAGUCAUCCACCCAGCCAAACAAACCACUAAAGUCUUCACCAAGUGACACUCUUGUACCAUCCAUAUCUGAAGAAACAAGCCCAAGAGUCGUGGAAUCAUCCACUCCCUCAAAGAAGAAAUCACCAAAUUCUUCUCCAGGUCCUGGGGAUGGCCCACCUGUAGUUAUUGGUCCUGUAAUCAGUAAUGAAGUUGUUGAUCUUGUAAGCGAUGAUGACAAUGAUCUUGUUAGUGAUACGGCCAAUCUGAGCUCUAAAAUGACCAGUCUGAUUACUGAAGUUGAGGCCAUUGAACAAAUAGUUCAGAAUAUUUUGAAUAUGGAUGUCUUGCCUUCCGAGGAAAAAGAACACCACUUUCCCGGAUUCCAAGGAUGUGACCUAAAGCAAGGGAUAGGUCCUGUAUCCCCUUUUCAGAGUCACUCGGUAUCUAACAAGGAGAACUACAGUCCUGAAUCCAACGCAGUCUUUGAUCUACCUGCCAAGGAUACAGAUGAUGAGCAAAUGGUUUUCCAUAUAACUAAUACAGAUGUUCUGCAUUCCAAGAACAAAGAAUAUGACCCAACCACGUUGCAAAAAGAUGAGCAAAAUGAGAGUCUAAAUGUUGUAUCCUCAUUUCCCCAAGCCUUUUCAUUAUCUAUUGAAGGCAAUACCAACUCUGAAUCCAAAAUGAUCUCUUGCGAUCCAUCUCCAAAAGCAAGAAGUGAGCUUAAAGAAAUGGCACAUGAUGAAGCUGAAAAUGAAGAAGCCCACAGCUACAUUGAACGGAGAGUGCAAAAAGCCCAAGAGUUGGUACAACUAGAAUCACAGUUGAAUGAUCAGCUGAUGGGAAAUAUCAGAAACAUGACUGAAGGAGCAUGGCUGAGAGAUACGGAGUCAUCCACCCAGCCAAACAAACCACUAGAGUCUUCACCAAGUGACACUCUUGUACCAUCCAUAUCUGAAGAAACAAGCCCAAGAGUCAUGGAAUCAUCCACUUCCUCAAAGAAGAAAUCAUCAAAUCCUUCUCCAAGACCUGUGGAUGCCCCACCUGCAGUUAUUCAUCCUGUAAUCAGUAAUGAAGUUGCUGAUCUUGUAAGCAAUAAUGACAGUGAUCUUGCUAGUGAUAUGGCCAAUCUUAGCUUUAAAAUGACCAGUCUGAAUAUUGAAGAUGAGGCCUUUCAACAAAUGCUUCAGACUAUUUGGAAUGUGGAUGUCUUGCCUUCCGAGGAAAAAGAACACCACUUUCCAGGAUUCCAAGGAUGUGACCUAAAGCAAGGGAUAGGUCCUGUGUCCCCUUUUCAGAGUCACUCGGUAUCUAACAAGGAGAACUACAGUCCUGAAUCCAACGCAGUCUUUGAUCUACCUGCCAAGGAUACAGAUGAUGAGCAAAUGGUUUUCCAUAUAACUAAUACAGAUGUUCUGCAUUCCAAGAACAAAGAAUAUGACCCAACCACAUUGCAAAAAGAUGAGCAAAAUGAGAGUCUAAAUGUUGUAUCCUCUUUUCCCCAAGCCUUUUCAUUAUCUAUUGAAGGCAAUACCAACUCUGAAUCCAAAAUGAUCUCUUGCGAUCCAUCUCCAAAAGCAAGAAGUGAGCUUACAGAUAUCCAGAUGAAACUGUUGCAGCAGUCAGUUGUGUAUCCUUCUGAUAAUGACAUGCACCAAACUGAGACUGAAAUGUUCCUUGAUGCUCUUCCAAGCUUUCAUGGAGAUGCCUGCAAAAUUAAUGAAUUAGAUGCUAUAGCACCACAUGAGACAAUGGCUAAGAAAAUUUCAGAAAGCAGUGCACUACAGAAAUCGGGAUUGAGAGAAACCGUGCAGGGCAAGGAGUCUCCUGCUACUUUCUCCUAUCCAGUCAAUUUCAGCCUUGCCUUGGAGGAUUCUGAGGUUGGACCACAAACCACCUCAGGAAAAGACAUGUCACUGGAAGAGACAGAAAAUGAAAGAUUCCAGCUGAGGUUGGAUAGCCACUGUAGCUGUGCAGCUGAAUCUGUUUGGGGAGAAUAUGGAGGCAACAGAAGCCUCCAGACUAGCAAAGGUGUAAAGGGCUCUGUGGUCAUGGAUAAUUCCAACAGCCGAUGUGAUGCUUUGAUGGAUAGUAGAGAGAGUUUUGGGUGGGAGAAAAAGACACCUAUUAGACUUAUUGUUUUGGAUGAUGAGGAGGAAGAGGAUAAAUUAAUAGAUGACCUGGAUGGGAGUUAUUUUAAAGAUGUUUCUGCCUUGAACAAGCCAGAUGGAAUUUGUAUGUCUACGCCAAAGGCCAAUGGGCCCAUGGCUGAGAUUUGUUUUUCUCCAAGAGUCAAAGUGAAUGGAAGAAGAUCAACAGCUUCUCAACAAUCCCUUUUUUAUAUGGUCUUAGAGGAACUGGAGGCUGCAGCAGAAGUAGGAUCUGCCAGCAAUGUAUCAUAUGAUAAGUCUGAAAGAGUUGAAAGAGAGCUAACCCAAAAUUACACUGACUGAAUGUCAGGGGUUAUCUAGCAGACCCUUUCAAUUCUUUAUCAUGGUUUGCUUCUUUUCAUUUCAAUGGUAGUUCCUGAGUGAGAGACUCUUUCAGUUUCCAUCAAUCACUUCCUCUUCGGUAUGGCCAAAAUGCUGGAUUUUGGAGACUCAGUUCUCCUUGAGGUAGCUAAUCUUUGGAUGGGCGGUAUCACCUGAGACCAUUAUCACAAUGAUGCAUGGGCCUCAUACUCAAAAAAAAAAAAAAAAA